GUUCUAUCGAUGUAAACAUGUUUUUCAAUAUAGUUAAUAGCUGAUUGUUUUCGAACCAUUUGGAAGUCAAACGAUAGCAAUAUUGUAAACAAGAUAGGUAGAGAAGAUUCAGUCUGCGAACAGUCACCUAUUUUAGUGUUUACUGUCGAGUCGGUUAAACGUGUACGGAGUACAAGACAAUAUGGAUGCUGCAAAUUUCGCUUCGGAGUUCAGUCAAUUAUUAAUGCGUUAUACAACACCAAGAAAGACAACGAUUGAGAAGACAGAGGAGACAGAUAUUUCGAAAUUAUCGUCGGGAAUACCGUUACCCUCUGAAACUAUAAUUCAACUUGUGCAAGAAACUCUUAGUACAAUUAUACCAGAACCAUAUGUACCAAAUAUCAGUACCAGUUGUAAUAAGACACCAGGCAAUAAUAUUAUUAUCAAUACUCCGGAUGCACCCUUUGUUCAACGAGUUACUGUUAAUGGAAAUGGAAUAAUCAGCGAAUGUACGGACAAUUUGUCGAAUAAAUUAUCGCCGUUAGAUAACAAGAAUACAUCGUCGCCGAAGAUUAAUUUAACAAAUACAAGCAGAUUUGAUACCUUCGUACAAGACAACGAGCAGAAUACGGAUAACGCUGAUGAGAUAUUUAAAGAAAUUUCGGACGAUUUCAUCUUCGAGGGUGAAAACAUACCGGGUUAUGUACAUUUGAAAUUGGAUUCUUUACGCAAAUCAGCCGUUGAUGUUAUUUCCAAGAUCGACGAGAUCAAGACACUAAACAAAGAUCGUAAACAGCAACCGAUCGAGAAAUCGUUGAGACCAAUUCGACGAUUAACAUCAAUAGGACAUUUUGCAGAGGGACAACAAUUAUUAAAAAAACGAAGAUCGUUGAUUAAAUUUCCAAACACGACACCCACAUCCUCGAGAUUGAAUAGUACAAUGACAUUAAGUCCAAAUCUAUCGAAAAGGAAGAGUUCGUCUUCAACGACGCUCAAUGUAACAACUGCAGGCACAGUACCAAUGAAAACUAUAUAUAAUGCAAACAUUAGAUCUCGGUCAAGUUUAUCUGAGGGGGGCUUAAAAAAGUCACCCCUUAACGAUGGCAAACCAGCGAAAAAUCCUAAAUACGCUCACAUUAAAAGUAAUAUUCCAAAACCAACGCCAAUUAUCAAAAGAACCUGACAACAAUUAAUUUCUCUUGAUAAUUCGUUUUAUUACUUUUUUUUCUAUUCCGUUUAUUUAUUUUGUUAUUUAUUUAUUUAUUUUUUUUUUUUUUUCGUUCUAUGGACAUACGCGAGUACCACGUUAAAAGGUGUUCACUUUUAUACUUCGUAAAAUAUUUUAUAUGAUCAAAUUAAUUGAAUAAUAUUAUUUUUGCUGUGUGUGGAUCUCUCCGCUAAUUAUUUUUUCCUAACAGCUAAACAUUUAUUAAUUUUCUUACUCAUAAACGAUUAGCAGUGUUUUAUAUUUUUCUUGACUCAUUUUUUUCGUUUUAUUAUCAAAAUUGUUCGUGUCCAUUUCAAUUUUGUCAUUUCGUAUAUAGUCAACGUAUGACAAUUGUACUUUAGAAUUACUAAAUGAAACAUUUUUUCGAUACACAUAAUUAUAUAUACAUAAUGCUCUUCUAUCUCUUAUAAGUGAAUAAACAGAAUAGGGUUUCACUAUAAAUAGAGAUUUUAUUCAUUAAACAAAUUAAUAUAAUGAAUUCAACGAUUAAAUUUUAUUUAUAACAGUUCCUUAAAUCCUCAUUUUUUUACGUAUAAAUAAAAAAACGACACUUAAUCUUAUUCUUCCCUAUCUUUCUUUUAAUUCUAACGAUCAUUCUUGAUUUUAUUUCUAUCUACUCUGUCUACGUGUCACUUUUCCUAUUUGCUUCGCAUACGUGUCACUUCUCCCACUACCAGCCUAAUUACCUUCAUUUGUCUUAAAGCAACCUUUCUAUUUGUUUACCGACAAAUCACGCAACAAAAUUCAAAUAAAGUAGUAUCUGUACUACUUUAUAUAUAUAGAUAUAUUGUGUAAUAGUCAAAUAAUUGCAAUUGUAAGAGACAUUUAAAUAUGCGAUUAACAAUAAUUAAGAAUAUGUGUAUAGAAAUGGAUUAAUUUAAUUAGGAUUCAUUGAGAUUUGUAUAAGAACGAAAGAGAGAAAGAGAGAGAGAGAGAGAGAGAGAGAGAGAGAGAGAAAUGGGUAACGCAAGUUUUGUACAGUUGCUCACCAUCAAUGAACAUAUGUAUGUACACGUGACGUAUAUAAGGUCGCCGUUAUAUUAGGAAUAAGUGAACGAUUACGUGCAAUCUACGAUGGUUGUUAUGCUAUGAACAGGUUUCUUUGUGUUCGCUUUCUUCGACCGCCGAGAGCCAUCAUUUAAUUUGAAUUUUGCUCUCUCGUGAGCGAGAUAUUUCAUUAGAAAAAAAAAGCUUUUCAGAGGUUGCGAAAAAUGUAUUUAAACUGUGUCGCAUAUUUUCAUUGUAAACAUUUGCAUUGUUAGAGACGGUGCAAUAUAAUAAUUUGAUUUAUAUUAUAAAAAAAUGAGAGAGGGAAAGAGAAAGAAAAUAAUAGAUUAUAAAUAAUUUUAUUGUUCAAUUAUAUUCAAAGCAGAAAUCAUAUAAAAAAAAAAAAUAAAAAACCAGU